AUGGGCGACCACGUCCUCUUCUUCUACGGAACUUUAAUGGCCCCCCAAAUCCUCCACAGAGUAAUCCACGGCCGGGCCAACCCAGAACCCUGGCAAAAAGCCAUGCUCCGCUUCCAACCCGCCAUUCUACAUGGGCACCGACGGCAUCGCGUGCAGAACGCCGAUUACCCAGGGAUCAUUGCAGUGCCAGAGACACAAACCGAGAUGGAGAAAUCAUCUGCACCGAAACCCGGCGCUGGGACAUCAGUUAUAGGAACCCUCGUGUCGGGACUAACAGACGGCGACGUUCAUCGACUGGACAGGUUCGAGGGCUCUGAGUAUGAGAAGAAGCGGGUUACUGUGCGCACGCUGCGGGAAAAGCAGGGUGGUGAUCUCAGUCAUGCUGGGGAGGGGGAUACUGCCGAGAGCCAGCUGCGCGAAGUGCUCAAUGCGACGGGUGCUGAGGUUGCUGGUGAGGGGGAGGAGGUUGCGGCAGUGACUUAUGUGUACACUGCUGGGAAGGAUAAGCUUGAGGAUGCGGAGUGGGACUUUGAGUCGUUUAAGAGGGAUAAGAUGGCGUGGUGGGUUGGGGCGGAUGAGAGCGAAUGGUAG